AUGAUGAUUAAAUCAGAUGAAUACCAGCUCCCGCUGACAGUUGGUGGAUUGGGAUAUUACACUGUCAAAUUUGGAGGGAUCAGUUUCACUAUGGGAAGUAACUACAACGUUUCAAUUCAGGAUAAGCGCUGUUCAUACUGGUUUGUAUUCGGCAGUUCCCUUACUGACGAAGAAAUGACAACGAAAACUGGAAGGCGUCCCGGUUCAGUGUAUUGUAAAGGUUGGCAAAUUCCAAUCGAUUGGAAAGAAAAAUAA